AUUAUCCAUCUGGUUAAUUUUUCAGAAUGAACCUAUGAUCUAUUAACUGACCAGCUGAACUGGAGUCAAGCUGCCCACCUCUCAUAUUGUGUAACUCUCUCCUCCUCUUUUCCUGCCCCUUUCCCUUCCUCUCUCUGCAUCUCCAGUACUCCCUCUUCUCUCUUUAACCAUAACGUCCCACCAGAAGCGGUGUGUGGUGGACGGCUCCUGCGCUACUGAGCGACGCGUCAGUCGGAACACACAGAGGCUGAGGAGAGCGCACGGAGAAGAGCAGAGACUCGUUGGUGUGAUGUGAAAUAACCAAGAGGACAGCGGAGCUUUUCAGCAAGCGAAUACCUAUUGUGUAAUAAAAGCAAAGAGGCAGCAGGUAUUUAUUUAUUUUUUUUGUUUGUUUGCUUUUGUUUUUCAUAAUUCCCAGGAUCCGCUGUGCGCACUGAAGUGGCCAUGGCGUAUUUUACGCACUGCAGGUAACCAAUCCGUUGGAGACUAAAACUCUAAACACAUCAUGGAUUAAACUGCGACUGUUGCGCUAGUUAACACCAGACGGGCGGACAUGGCAGCACUUCGGAGGAAAUUUGGAGAAGACUACCAGGUGGUUAACACCAACCGGGCAACUACUUUCUCUGCCCCGGUGAAGAAGAAACGCCAACGCUUCGUGGAGAAGAACGGCCGCUGCAACGUGCAGCACGGAAACCUCGGCGGGGAGACCAGCAGGUACCUCUCCGACCUGUUCACCACCCUGGUGGACCUGAAGUGGCGCUGGAACCUGCUCAUCUUCAUCCUCACCUACACCAUCGCUUGGCUCGUCAUGGCAUCGAUGUGGUGGAUCAUUGCUUACAUCAGGGGGGAUCUAAAUCACGGCCACGAUCCGUCCUACACCCCCUGCGUGGCGAACGUUUACAACUUCCCUUCAGCGUUCCUCUUUUUCAUCGAGACCGAGGCCACCAUCGGCUACGGCUACCGGUACAUCACCGAGAAGUGCCCGGAGGGGAUCAUCCUCUUCCUGUUCCAGUCGCUGCUGGGCUCCAUCGUGGACGCCUUCCUCAUCGGCUGCAUGUUCAUCAAAAUGUCCCAGCCUAAGAAACGCGCGGAGACGCUCAUGUUCAGCCAGGACGCAGUGAUUUCCCAAAGAGACGGCAAACUCUGCCUCAUGUUCCGAGUGGGCAACCUGCGCAACAGCCACAUGGUGUCCGCGCAGAUCAGGUGCAAACUCAUAAAGUCUCGUCAGACGCCUGAAGGAGAGUUCCUGCCACUGGACCAGUGUGAGCUGGACGUCGGCUUCGGGACGGGAGCAGACCAGCUCUUCCUGGUGUCUCCUCUCACAAUCUGCCAUGAAAUAAAUCCCAAAAGUCCGUUUUUCGACUUAUCGCAGCGCUCCCUCAUGAACGAACAAUUUGAGAUCGUCGUUAUCCUCGAGGGCAUCGUGGAGACCACGGGAAUGACAUGCCAAGCGCGGACGUCAUACACUGAAGACGAGGUUUUAUGGGGCCACCGCUUCCUGCCCGUCAUGUCUCUGGAGGAAGGCUUCUUCAGAGUGGACUACUCUCAGUUCCACAGCACGUUUGAGGUGCCGACACCGCCAUACAGCGUCAAAGAGCAGGAGGAGAAAAACUCAUUGCCUUCACCUCUGUCCACUCCCACCCCCGCACUGACUGAGAGCCACGGCGCCCGGCGAAACCGGGUGUUUUCCGUGGAUUGCAUCAACACUUCAGAGGAGAGGGGCCGUCAGGGAGGAGCGGGCGGCCGGCUGCCGAGCAAGCUGCAGAGGAUGAGCUCGUCGGGGAAGGAGGACCUGCAGAGGAAGGUGCUUUUGCUCAGCUCCCAGCAUGCGGAGAAGGCGUGCAGCACAGGGGACCUUCCCAUGAAGCUGCAGAGGCUCAGCUCCUCCCCCAGCCCCGGAGCACAAAAUCGGCUGCAACUCAAGUCACUCAAGGUGGGCUUUGAGCCCAUGACACAGUCGACAGGAGACCUGUACCAGCGCAGCCCACCCACCACGCUGUCACCCACUCCAAUGCCCAUGCACAGCCCACUUCUGUCAGCCGGAGGGAGGCUGGAGGACAACCUGCCACCAAAGCUACGAAAAAUGAAUGCUGACCGCUGAAACCUGGACAAGAACAACCAAACAUGAGGUGCUGCAUACAGGAGACAAUGAAAACAAUUAUAAUGGGGCAAGAAGGAUUAUAGGCAACUUGUUGGUUUUUGUUGCUUUGAGAACAAACCACUACUGGAAAUACUGUGAUUUCUGUGGGAAUAGACUAAAGACGCGUAUUUACUGGAUCAUUCUGAGAAGAGUUGUGCAUGUCUACAAUAAGUCUAUUGUUUUAUUUAUGCACCACUAUACUCAAUAGUCAAUCUUAGUUUUAAUUAAGUAUAAAUUAUAUUAAAAUGAAAAUAAAUACAGUUUGAUAUUC